GCGGCCUGUCGCUGUUUUGUUUUCUUGGCAAAAUCUGAAAGCGUGAAGCGGACCCGCGCGGCGCGACACCGGGCUCCAGACCGACUGAACGGGCGGGGCUGGACCUGCAGUCUGGGCUGCGCCUCGCAGAACCCUUCCUGGCCACUUCCUCCUGACCCGUGUCUGGCCGGCGGCGGGAGACUGCGACCACGUCUGGACUCGGCCAGCCUGCCGGACCGCGCCCUUCCCCGGAACUCACAGGAUCCUUGAAAAAUCAUCUUGUCCCCCCUACUUUAGAGCUGGAGAAACUGAGACCCGUGAUCUGAAAAAAUGUCUGGAUUUCUAGAAGGCUUAAGAUGUUCAGAAUGCAUUGAUUGGGGGGAAAAACGCAAUACUAUUGCUUCCAUUGCUGCUGGUGUUCUGUUUUUUACAGGCUGGUGGAUUAUCAUAGAUGCAGCUGUCAUUUACCCCUCUAUGGAUCAGUUCAACCAUUCAUACCAUGCCUGUGGUGUUAUAGCAACCAUAGCCUUCCUAAUGAUCAAUGCAGUAUCGAAUGGACAAGUCCGGGGUGAUAGUUACAGUGAAGGUUGCAUGGGGCAAACAGGUGCUCGCAUUUGGCUGUUCAUUGGUUUCAUGUUGGCCUUUGGCUCUCUGAUUGCAUCUAUGUGGAUUCUCUUUGGAGGUUAUGUUGCCAAAGAAAAACCCAUUGUAUACCCUGGAAUUGCUGUGUUUUUCCAAAAUGCCUUCAUCUUUUUUGGAGGACUGGUUUUUAAGUUUGGCCGCACUGAAGACCUGUGGCAGUGAAAGCACCUGAAUUACUCCUACUGUACAGCAGCCCCACAUGGGUUUGUUUGGUUUUUUUACUACUCACUCCCAGUCUUUUGUAACGCCACUUUCUAAACUUAUUUCUGAGUGUAGUCUCAGCUUAAAUUUGUGUUUAACUAAAAUCAUGAGAACUCCCUAUGUAAACAACAACAAAAGCUAUUGUGGUAUACAUUUGAUUAACUUAUAAAAUGUUAAAGACAAAUAUUUCACAUGAGUAAUUUUUAUUAGUGUUAUCAUGGUAUAAUUUGUAAAAAUAAAAAUAAAUUAAGAAAGAAAUUAUGGGUACAUCUUAUGAAUAUUUGUCAUAUCCAAAUAUUUGUCAUAUCCAAAACUGCAAUUAAAGUGCUCUGAAGAUAUAAUGUGUUUAUGUAAAUGUGGCCUCUUUUGUGUCAAAUGUUAAGUGACAUAUAAACAUUUUCGUGUUCUUAAAAACUA